CGAAAGCUACAUCAACCUGCGGCCCGACCGGGUGGCGCACCAGGACGUUACCGGUCAGAUGGCUAUUCUCCAGUUCAUGCAGUCAGGACGCACCCGGGUGGCGGUGCCCACAACGGUGCACUGCGACCACCUGAUUCAGGCCCGGGUGGGCGCUUCAUCCGACCUGCAGGAUGCCCUGAACGAAAGCAACGAGGUGUACCAGUUCCUGGAAUCUUCCUGCCGCCGCUACGGCAUGGGAUUCUGGCGUCCUGGCUCAGGCAUCGUCCACCAGGUGGUGCUGGAAAAGUAUGCUUUCCCCGGCUGCCUUAUCAUCGGCACCGACUCCCAUACAGUCAAUGGCGGCGGUUUGGGUUCGCUGGCUAUCGGAGUGGGUGGCGCAGACGCCGCCGACGUAAUGGCCGGGCUGCCCUGGGAGGUACGGUAUCCGCAGAUUAUUGGCGUGAAGCUGACCGGCUCCAUGAGCGGCUGGACGGCCCCCAAGGACGUCAUCAUCAAGCUGGCUUACGAGUUGACGGUGUCUGGCGGCACCAACGCCAUCAUCGAGUACUUUGGGCCAGGCGUGCAUUCCAUAUCGGCCACCGGCAAGGGAACCAUCUGCAACAUGGGUGCGGAGUUGGCGCCACCGGCGACAUCUUCCCGUACGACGAACGCAUGGCCACCUAUCUGAAGGCUACCGGACGUGCUGAACUGGCGACCAUCGCCGAGGAGCACAAGCACCUGCUCACCUCCGACCCCGAAGUGGAGGCCAACCCGGAGUUGUUCUACGACCGGGUGGUUGAGAUUGACCUGUCGACCCUGGAGCCGCACGUUACGGGUCCGCAUUCCCCGGACCGGGCGCGACCCAUUUCGGAACUGGCGGCCGAGGUUGAACGGGAAGGGUUCCCGGACACCGUGGCGGUGGCAUUGGUGGGCAGCUGCACCAACUCGUCUUACGAGGACAUGGAAAGGUGCGCCGACGUGGCCCGGCAGGCCGCGGCCCACGGAGUAUCCGCCGCGUCGGGAUUGCUGGUUACACCGGGAUCGGAACAGGUUCGGGCAACCAUUGAACGGGACGGUCAGCAGGCCGCCCUGGAAGCGGUGGGAGCCACGGUGCUGGCCAACGCCUGCGGCCCGUGCAUCGGCCAAUGGAACCGACCCGAGGCGCGAGGCACGAACAACAGCAUCGUUACGUCAUACAACCGCAACUUCCCGAGUCGCAAUGACGGCAACGCCGGCACUAUGAACUUCAUCGCCAGUCCUGAGCUGGCAGUCGCCAUGGGAUUGGGAGGCCGUCUGUCGUUCAACCCCCUGACCGACCCUCUGGUUGACGCGGAUGGCAACGAGUUCAUGCUGCAGCCGCCUUCCGCAGCUCCGGAAGUACCGCCCACCGGGUUUGAUCCGGGCGCCGAUUUGUACCUGGAACCGCCGGAAGACGGUAGCGAAGUGGAUGUGCGCGUCGAUCCCACCAGCAACCGCCUGCAGGUGCUGGAUCCGUGGGAAGCGUGGGAUGGCAAGGACUUUGAAGACGUUCCCAUUCUGGUAAAGACCCAGGGAAAGACAACCACUGACCACAUUUCCCCGGCCGGGCCGUGGCUUCGGUUCAGGGGACACCUGAACAACCUGAGCGACAACAUGUUCCUGGGGGCUUCCAACGCCUUCACCGACGAUAACGGCACCGGCAAAAAUCAGCUUUCCGGCGAGGAAAUCGCUCCGAUACCGGAGAUCGCCCGCGCCUACAAGGCCCAGGGCAUCCGGUGGGUUGCCAUUGGUGACGAGAACUACGGCGAGGGUUCCAGCCGUGAGCACGCCGCCAUGUCGCCUCGUAUGCUGGGAGCGGCGGCCAUCAUCACCAGGAGCUUCGCCCGCAUUCACGAGUCCAACCUGAAGAAGCAGGGGCUGCUUCCCCUUACCUUCGAGGACUCGGCGGACUGGGAACGCAUAAGGGAUGACGACCGGAUGAGCCUGGUUGGAUUGGACCAACUGGCGCCCGGACGCCCGGUACAGGCGGUUUUGAAGCACGCGGACGGCAGCGAAGAAACCAUCAACCUGCGCCACACGCUGAACAACCCGCAGAUCGAGUGGUUCAAGGCGGGCAGCGCCAUGAACUACAUGAAACAGAUGGAGGAAGCCGGCGGAUAG